GCGCUUUUGCUGUGGAGUUGGGUGCGACGCUACGCUGUUCACCGACCUGCAUGCGCUCGUCUUCUGCGGUGAAGCCGCCACCGUCGCUUUACAAUCAGCAUACAUUCACCCGAUAUUAGUGCCCCACAAAAUUGGAGAUCAACCGUGUCGGCCGUACAUUACGAACAGUAUUCCUUUCAGGUGAAAAAAGAAACCAUUGCUGUUGCGUGAACGGCUGCUGCGCACUUCAUCCUCUGUCGCUGUCUGUCUCAGCGUAAUGCCCCAUCGUAGCAGUCCACGAGAGCACAGCAUUCAGUUCUCCAACUCCAGCAGCUUCAGCAGCGUCUCGGAUCAUGAAGGCGAUUUCCUCAUUCGCGUCCAUGACGUAGAAGCUUUGACGGAGACCGACGCGGCGGAUCUCAACGGGGACAUUUUCCCGCCGUCUCAUCUCGCAGCUCGCAUCGAUGGCGACGCUGCCCUUCCCCUGGAGAAGACGGAAUUCGAAGACGACGGAGCUACCGGCGAGCCAUUGGCCGCCGCACCGUCUGCGGAGCCGCCCUCCACACACACCGGCGGCAUCGAGGGCAAUGAAAAGGAUGAUGAAGCCCGCGAUCCUCUCUGCAGCACCGUCCCGGGUGAGUCGUACCGCUACUCCCUCUCCGCCACACGGGACAGCGCCUCGCCUCCCAGCAUGAGCUCCUACUUCUGUGUGAAGCCGGACACUGCGGUGGAGGCGCCGCUGCGCGUGUCACCGCUGUGGGAGGAGGAGUCGUUUGAGGAGAUCCCAACGCCGCGCAGCCUAUCGAGUCCAGUGGCCGCUCUCGCCGGAGCCUCACCGGGUGGUUGCUCCCCUCCGAUGUCUCCUGCCCGCUUUCACGCUACGAUAGACCGGAGCGGACUCUCUAUGUCGUUAGAGAAAGUCGCGGUGAACGCGUCACAGGCACACGAGACACAGGAGCGCCUCUUCACGCUCUCCGCGGAAACCUUGGCGCACUACCAGCUCGUAAAGCUCAAAGUGAGGCAGCGCAUCUACCGCAUCUAUUAUGAUAAGUGGAGACGGCACACGUCGCUGCACACACCGCCGGUGACACCGCAGCGGGCGUCCAGCGCCACGCAGACGCCGUUGAUGCCGCUGCGCUCUGUCUCGACGGGGACGGAUUUCGUUGACAUCGACUCCUUCCACCUCAGCCGCUCUGCUGGUGCGACGAGUGCGCCACGGGCACCCACGCCGUCGCAGCCGCCACAGCGCGACACCUCCCCGCCCCCGCGAAGGGCAGACGGCGGCCGGCGCGACCACUCAGCGGGUAUUGUGGAGUUUGAUAGGCGCAAGCAACUCCUGCCGUCUCUCUCCGUGCCACUGCAGCAGUCCUCCUCGACCUCUUCCUCUUCUUCCGCCGCCCCCACGCCUUCGCCGGACGUCGCCCCGCCACACGUAUGGCCGUCCCCGCGGGCACCGCCGCCGAACGAGGGAAUUGGAGUUCGCACGAAGCCUUCAAAGCUCGUCGACUUUGGGCGUCACUCCGACGCACCGCCGCGGAAGACGCCGCACGUGUCGAACCCCGACGUCAAGGAGCCCAAAGUGAUCCCCUCCCCGGAGCGCAUCUUCCGGCUGUGA